AUGGUUUCGGCGCCAGUAACGCUGGUGCUGAGUUUUGGAUGGAGAGGGCUGGUGGCUGUGGGCCGUUUGUUGCAAGACGUGGCCGACCAGGUGGAGAUGCCGAGUGAGACACUAAUUUUGUUUGAGGCGCGAUCUGGCAAUCGUGACGCUCUUAUAUUGGACACGACGGCAAGUAGUUUAUACACCACUAACCUAGAGGUGAACACACGCGUGCCCGUGCCUUGCCCCGCACCGCACAGCUACCGUCUUUGCGAACUGCCUCGCGCACAAAUAAGGCUCUGGGACCGCCUCGGCCAUGAACGCGCACGCGCGGCGGCUGAACCCAAAGCCGCUGCCCUCAUGCCCGAUGAGACCGUCAUCGACUUCGACCACGUCCAAAGGGCUCCACCACCGGCUGCCACUGAAACCAAAGCUGCGAAGCAAAAGACCGAGAAGGCUGUCGACACUGAGGCUGUCGACACUGAGGCUGUCGACACUAAGGCUGUCGACACUAAGGCUGUCGACACUGAGGCUGUCGACCCUAAGGCUGUCGACACUAAGGCUGUCGACACUGAGGCUGUCGACACUAAGGCUGUCGACACUGAGGCUGUCGACACUAAGGCUGUCGACACUAAGGCUGUCGGCUCUAAGGCUGUCGGCUCUAAGGCUGUCGACACUAAGGCUACCAGAAAACUUGCCGCCACCGAGACUACCACGAUGAUGGCCCCCGAGCCGUCCGCGGUGAUGGACGCCACCGAGACUAGCACGACGCUGGCCACAGAGGCGGUGACGGGCCCAGUUGUGCUGCGCCCAGCGGAGCGAAUCGCGUCCAUUCCGAAGGUGAAGUGGUACAUGGUGUCUGAAGAGUCGUUGACGGCGGGGGAUGCGGAGUCUUCUUUAGAAUCGGCGGGGUCGCUGAAUCUGGCUGCCGCAUGGGCGAACUUUUCGUGGUUGAGUUUCUGGGACGGGGCGUAUGUGAUGCAUCCGCAGCGAAUGCAGAGUUUGGCCGCUUAUAUCGAGAAGUUUUCGGAGUAUGACGCCUGGUAUCACCCACACAAGAACCUGACGUUGGCGGACGACGAUGCUUACGAGCGGCUGGUUGCCUGGCGACGAUUCCGCUACGACCGCAAUGGCACUCAACCGAUGCGGACCUGGAAAACUCUGCUGAGCGGCUCGCCAGUCAUCCCCGACGGCCACUGCCCCGGCAUCCAACGAACCAAGGGAGGUCCAGACGUGGACCCCGAAGGUGAAUUCCCCCAGGAUGAACGCUACACUGCACACGUUGACUCCUAUUAUCUCCAAGACACCGCCACCCUUUCUACCAACCUCGUGACCAUCCGCAAGGACUUCCUCAAAGGAAACCCCAUCGCCCACCAUACCACGUACCACUUCUGGCACUCGCAACACCAAUGCUUCAAAGCGGGCUUCAUCAACGAGCAACUAGGCAUGCUCGACGCCGGCGCUUGA